ACAGCGCGCCUUAAAAAGCCGCGCAGACUCACACCUACAGCAUUUUGGCCAAGCGCAGAGGAAGCGAUAGCUGUUCGCAGCCGCCUGCCUUCUGUGGCUUUGCCAGUGCUCAGCAGACGCCGCCGCCGACGCCGCCGCCAGCAGGCACAAUGGCCGAUCAGCUGACUGAGGAACAGAUUGCUGAGUUCAAGGAGGCCUUCUCUCUAUUUGACAAAGAUGGUGAUGGCACCAUCACGACAAAAGAACUUGGGACUGUCAUGAGGUCGCUGGGUCAAAACCCAACAGAAGCAGAGCUGCAAGACAUGAUCAAUGAGGUAGACGCUGAUGGCAAUGGCACUAUUGACUUCCCGGAAUUCUUGACUAUGAUGGCCAGAAAAAUGAAGGACACAGACAGUGAGGAAGAAAUUCGUGAAGCGUUCAGAGUCUUUGACAAGGAUGGCAAUGGUUACAUCAGUGCGGCAGAGCUACGUCAUGUUAUGACAAACCUAGGAGAAAAGCUAACAGAUGAAGAAGUAGAUGAAAUGAUCAGAGAAGCAGAUAUUGAUGGAGAUGGGCAAGUCAACUAUGAAGAAUUCGUACAGAUGAUGACUGCAAAAUGAAGAGACCUCCUUUCACCUUUUUUCCUCUAGAAGAAUCAAAUUGAAUCUUUUACUUACCUCUUGCAAAAAAAAAAAGUUCAUUUAUUCAUUCUGUUUCUGUAUAGCAAAACUGAAUGUCAAAAUACUUUCUGUCCACAAACUGCAUGUCAUGGUUGGUGGUCCUGUUCCCAAAAGAUCAAGUUAAACAUCAGUUUCUUUUACCAAAUAUAAAUAAUUCUACUACCUUUAAAAGAAAAAAAAAGAAGGCACUUAGUGAACUCCACAAAGUUCCAUUUGCUGAUGACGAUUACACUGUUUGGGCUGGCCAGUUUUUCAUGCAUGCAGCUUGACAAUUGAGCACAGUCAGACAUUUGUAUUAAAACAGUUUUAAAAAAAGAGAGAAAAAAUACAUCUUAAAAAAAAGAACACCAAUCCACUCUUUUGUCCCAAAGUGGAUUCUGGCUGAAUUUGUAAUUAUUAAAUUGUCAUAGCUGGUUUUACUUUCAAAUUGGUUUAUACCUCAGGAUGGUAUGCAGCAAAAAGGUUGAGGGAUGCAAAAAGUUUAGAGUGGGGAAAACCCCAAAGGUGGAGAAAGUUCUCCUGUGUGUAGUAGCAGUGUUCUAACCCUCCCCCCCACCACAAAUGACAGAGGCCGUGGAUGGCGUGUUUGUGUUACAUUGGUUUUAAUAUUGUCUGCAUUGCACUAUUGUGAGACGGGUGUUGGGCUGUUACCGUUCACAAAACUUUUAAAAAGAAACUUUCGAAGGGGUGUGAGCACCUUUGGAUGUGCUCUCCUCUCCCCCCCCCACCCGCAUUUUUAAAACCUUCUGUACUGAGACUUGGAGCUAGCAGAGUAACAUGUGGACUUCAGCACAACUAUCAACAUCGCUGUUCAAGAUAUUACAGUUAUGUCCAUUCCAAGUUGUAAAUGCUAGUCUUUUUUUUCCAAUAAAAGACCAUUAACUUAAAGGUGGUGUUACAUGCUUUGUAAAAGCCAAAAAGAGCUAUCCAUAUACAAUUCGAGUGACUAAACCAAAAAAAUUACAAAAGUUGGUAGGAAGGGGAAAUGUGUUCUGUCAAAUGACUUGCUGCUAAAUUAUAAUGCACAUGUAUGCAAUAACUUAACCCGUUUAACGUUUCUUCAAGAUGGCAAGAACUGACCUCUUGUAACCCAAGACCUUUGCUAUAAAUAAAUGAACUUGUGCUUGCCUUUCA